CGACGAGGUGAGAAUUUUCAUCCUUUUAAGAUACUAAUCGGUCUGCUUCUCUUUACAACCCGCCUAAUUUCGUUGGAAACGGCCUCGUUUUGGUUUCGUUUGAGAUAUUCAUCUCUUUGUAGCAAUGUAUUAAGAAGACCGUUAUGGUUGGUGGAUCGAUCUUGUUGCUGUUUUGAAUCAAAUACAUUUAUUGUGAUGGACUAAAUUUAAACACCAUCAAUUCCAGGAGAAACAUACUUCCUCAAGAUAAUGGAUGCAAAGAGCAAUCUACCUGUCCGCUGUUCCUGCUUUCAGUUACUUAAGCCAAGUUUUGAUGAGGUCAAUCAUCAUUGUUCCCUGGAUGUUUUACCUAUUCUAAUUGAGGAAGCUUCAUUUCCAGUAAGGGAAAAGUGCUCCUUUCACAGUUCACACGUUCAAGAUGUCUAUGGCAUUCCUGUGUUACCCGAGGAAGACAACUCCAGUUCAGAAUGUACAUCACAGUUAGCUUUUUUGAGCUUUGUUGAAGUUCCUUUUCCAUCUAAAAGUCAGAUGUCCCUGGAUGACCAACUGGAUAUUCAAAACUGCUUUGAUCUACCAAUGAAAAGUGCUGAUGCUUAUCCAUUUCGCAUUGUGGAUAUUAACAUUGACAGGGAAAAUCUGGAGCCACCUAAAUCCAAUGAUGAAAUUGUUGGCAGCAUAAAAAGUGAGGGCAUGAUAAAUCAUACACAAAAGGUAUUGCAGAGGCAAGCUAGCUUAAAUAUAGAUAAAUCACCGACUGAGAGGAUUCAUGAUGCACCGAUUAAUAGAUGGAGAAGAUAUAGACGUGCUGCCUCUUUUGAUUCUAGAAAAGUUGUCCUCCUGUUCUCUAUAUUAUCAAGCUUAGGGACCUUAAUAUUGAUAUAUCUGACCCUGAGGGUUCGGCAGAAUGGCGAUGGUUUCAGCCAGGUCUAAUUGCUUUGACAUGUUGACCUUGUAUUUCAUGCUUGGACUACUUAGAAAGUUCACAGGAAUCACUUGUUUGAGUUGCCUUUUUCUGGGUGCGGUACAAUUCAUGUUAAUAUCUUUUAGGUGUCCAGCCUUGUACAUAGCAAGGAUGCACGAUUCUCAUUGAGAUUUUGAUAUGCAAUUAAUUGCUUGGAAAAAUAAAUAUUGUACCUGACAGACGAAUUUUAGAU